GUGACACAUUUGCUAAUGGUCUGUAUCUUUGAGAAGGUUUAAUGGCAGCACUCGGUGCUUUGCAAACUAUUCAAAAUGAUGAAUGAGGAAGCAGCUCAGAAGAGUGAUGGUGGAGAAAAAUACAAUGGAAGUAAUCAGAAAAAGAAGAGACCCAAGAAGUCUGACAGCAAUGCAAGCUUUCUCCGAGCUGCCAGGGCUGGCAAUCUGGACAAAGUGGUGGAAUUUCUAAAGGGAGGAAUAGAUAUCAAUACAUGCAAUCAGAAUGGACUUAAUGCUCUCCAUUUGGCUGCCAAAGAAGGCCAUGUGGGACUUGUUCAAGAAUUGCUGGAAAGAGGAUCUGCAGUGGAUUCUGCUACCAAGAAAGGGAAUACUGCAUUACACAUUGCAUCCCUGGCUGGACAAGCUGAAGUUGUCAAAGUUCUAGUUAAAGAAGGAGCCAAUAUUAAUGCACAAUCUCAGAAUGGCUUCACUCCUUUAUACAUGGCAGCCCAAGAGAACCACAUUGAAGUAGUGAAAUACCUUCUGGAAAAUGGAGCAAAUCAGAGCACUGCUACUGAGGAUGGCUUCACUCCAUUAGCUGUUGCAUUGCAGCAAGGACAUAAUCAGGCAGUGGCUAUCCUUCUGGAGAAUGACACUAAGGGGAAAGUGCGGUUGCCAGCAUUGCAUAUUGCUGCCAGGAAAGAUGACACCAAAUCAGCUGCACUUCUGCUCCAGAAUGAUCACAAUGCUGAUGUUCAGUCUAAGAUGAUGGUGAAUAGGACAACUGAGAGUGGCUUCACACCUUUGCACAUAGCAGCACACUAUGGGAAUGUUAAUGUCGCAACACUUCUGCUCAACCGUGGAGCUGUAGUGGAUUUCACAGCCAGGAAUGGAAUCACCCCACUGCAUGUGGCUUCCAAAAGGGGAAACACUAAUAUGGUGAAGCUCUUGUUGGAUCGUGGAGGGCAGAUCGAUGCCAAAACCAGGGAUGGAUUGACCCCACUCCACUGUGCUGCCCGAAGUGGACAUGAUCAGGUCGUUGAGCUUCUCCUGGAACGAGGUGCCCCAUUACUUGCUAGGACCAAG